AUGUCCAGAAUCGUUCUUCGAAACUCUCCAUCUUCGCCACCUCUUACAGUAUUCCUCAACCCAAUACCCUACGUAUUCCGUCAACCUUCCUCAACUCAGCUAUAUCUCUUUCCCAGAAAGCCCUCCCUCAAACCUCUUUAUUCCCUCAACCUCCCUUCCCACCAUCCCUCCUUAAACUCCACCUCUUCUGAUAAACCUCGCCCCGUCUCCCGCACCCUCGGUUCCCUCCAACCCUACCUCCUCUCCCAAUGCACGCCCAUCCUUGCCGGCUGGCUCUGCAGCCUCGUCUCCGUCCUAUCCCUCUCCAUGCUCGUCCCCAAGAUCGGGAAACUCUCCUCCGUCCUUACCUACGUCGACGCCCUUAGGUUGAGGAACGAGGGUUUUUUCUUAGGGGCUCUGGUCUUGGUCCGCUUCUUCGCUAGCUACUGGCAGCAAGCGUUCCUCUGGGACGCCGCCUUGAACGCCGCAUAUCGACUUAGGGUCUACGUCUUCGAUAGGGUUCUGGAGAGGGACCUGGCAUUUUCCGAAUAUGGCGGCGCCGUUUCGGCCGGGGAUAUCGCGUAUCGGAUCACCGCUGAGGUGGCCGAUAUCGCCGAUACCGUCUAUGCUGUUCUCAAUACCAUUGUACCCAGUACUCUGCAAUUAUCAGCGAUGGCGGCGCAGAUGUUAAUGAUCAGCCCAGCCCUUUCAAUCAUUUCGGCAUUGGUGAUUCCAUGUAUGGCUCUUCUCGUUGCCCAUCUUGGCGAGAAGCUUAGAACGAUAUCUAACGAGGCACAUAUGAGUAUUGCUGCCCUCUCAGCCUAUUUAAAUGAGGUCCUUCCAGCUAUUCUAUUUGUGAAAGCAAACAACUCAGAGCUGUGUGAAAGUGCCAGGUUUCAAAGGCUUGCUCAUACCAACUUAUCUGAUCAAUUGAGAAAGAAGAAAAUGAAGGCGUUCAUUCCUCAGAUAACACAGAUUAUAUAUUUUGGAGCAUUGUUUGUUUUUUGUGCUGGUUCGCUGAUGGUUUCAAGUGGUUCUUUCAAUGGCGGUAGCCUGGUUUCAUUCAUUACCUCAUUGGUUUUUUUAGUUGAGCCAAUUCAGGGUGUGGGGAAAGCAUACAAUGAGUUGAAGCAAGGAGAACCUGCUAUUGAACGCCUGUUUGAUUUGACCAGGGUCAACUCUAAGGUGAUCGAGAAAACAGAUGCCAUUGAUUUGGACUGUAUAGAAGGGGAGGUGAAAUUUUGUGAUAUCUCAUUUGGAUAUGGGGAUAAUGUGCCCUUAGUUUUGAAUGGAGUGAACCUCCAUAUUAAAGCUGGAGAGACAAUUGCUCUUGUUGGGCCUUCUGGAGGAGGAAAGACUACCCUUAUAAAAUUGCUUCUUCGGCUUUAUGAUCCUUUAUCUGGUGGUAUACUUAUUGAUAACCAUAACAUCCAAGACAUCCGGUUGGAUAGUUUGAGGAGACAUGUCAGUCUGGUUUCUCAGGAUAUAACACUGUUUUCAGGGACAGUUGCUGAGAACAUUGGGUAUAGGGAUCUGAUGUCGAGCAUUGACAUGGAGAGGGUUGAGCAUGCAGCACAAACUGCAAAUGCUGAUGAAUUUAUCAGAAAACUUCCAGAAGGUUACAAAACUAACAUUGGACCAAGGGGCUCAAUUUUGAGUGGAGGCCAAAAGCAAAGACUAGCUCUUGCAAGAGCACUAUAUCAAAAUCCCGCUAUACUGAUAUUGGAUGAAGCAACUUCUGCUCUAGAUAGUAGGUCUGAGUUAUUGGUGAGACAAGCUGUGGAGCGCAUGAUGCAAAAUCGUACAGUACUGGUCAUUGCACAUCGGUUGGAAACAGUUUUGAUGGCUAAACGAAUAUUCCGUUUGAAUGAUGGGAAGCUAGAGGAGCUAAGUCGCUGGACUCUUGUGAGUAGACACCACGACUUGGCAGAAUCAACUGGGCUUGUGAUUUGAAAUUAGCACUGCAAAAAUGGUGAUAGAGGAACGGAGUGUCAUUUUAUUGGAUGGGGAAUCGGUGCUAGGAAUGGUAGAAGGGGGGAAGAAAGGAUAAAGGAAACAGUAGUUUCUGGAUCAUAUGAAGAGCAGAACAUAAAAUAUAAGUAAGU